CCCGACAUUGUCGCCCAAUUCCUCGACAUUGGACUUAAAUCCGGACGGAUCUUAUUCGAAUGCGAAUAUCGAGGAUACUGAGGCGGCCCUCAACAGGCGCAAGAUCAGCGUCUUCAAUCACGGGUCUGACGCAGUGUAUGCGAUUGAGUUGCCGUUUGCGUUUCGAAAAGUUUGAAUCGUUUGGGAAUCCGCGCGCAAUUUCAUGGUGUUUUGGUGGUGGGCUCAUUAGAUCAGCGAGUGGAUGGACAAGUUUGACUCGGUCCAAGAUGAAAAGGUUUUGAAAGCGACAGACACCCUACACGGGUCGAAGGUGGACUCCGGUCCCACGACACCUUUGCCAGACAAAAAGUUGUUGGUGUUCAUCCUUGACAGGCUUCAAAAAAAGGACACUCGUGGGGUAUUCUCGGAGCCCGUGGACCCAGAACAGCUUCCUGAUUACCAUGACAUCAUUGAGAAUCCAAUGGAUUUUGAAACCGUGAGGAAGAAACUAGAUGGGGGAGCUUAUGCCAACUUGGAACAGUUUGAGAAAGAUGUGUUUCUUAUAUGUAAAAAUGCAAUGCAGUACAAUGCACCAGAUACCAUUUUUUUUAGACAGGCACGGACUAUGCAAGAGUUGGCAAAAAAGGACUUAGAAAACUUGAGGCAGGAUAGUGAUGAUAAUGAGCCACAGCCCAAAGUUGUGCGGAGAGGCAGGCCUCCAGGCAAGAACCUGAGGAAGUCCCCUGGCAGCUCUCCUUCUCGGCAUGUUUGUCCUGGGCCAGCCUUGGAUGCAACUCUUGUUUCUGGAGGAGGUAAUGCAAGGGGUUCUGGUGCUUACAAUCUAGGAAAAGGACUUACUCCGCCUGCUCAGUUGGUCAGGACUUCUCAUUGGCCUAAAACCAGUGAAACUUGUACUAGUUGGUGGUCUGAGUGGGAGAAUGAAUUUCCAGCUUCUGUUUUGAAGUAUGUUUUGAAGUAUGGGAAGAAGCAAUUUGCUCUGGAUGAUAAUAGGCGUGACACCUAUAAGCAUGCCUUGGACUCUUGCCGUCAGCCAUCUGUCUGGGCUGCACUCAAUGGGGAAUUGAAGCAACUAGUGGAGGUAAGUCUGCACUUGGAGCAUGGUUAUGUGAGAAGCCUAGCUCAAUUUGCUGCUGACCUUGGGCCCGUAGUUUGGAAGGUUGCUUCAAAGAAAAUUGAUAAAUUUUUGCCAAGGGGACUUGAAUUUGGUCCUGGAUGGAUCGGAGAAAAUGAGGCGUUAAUGCAGGAGCAAUCUUUAUUUACUGAGGUGAGAUCUUUUGAGAGGUCGAUACCGGAUGAUUGUAAAAGCAAGCUUCUAUAUCACAGGAUAUCUGAAUCAAACAUUGGCUAUACAAAUGGAUUCUUGUUGCAAGGUCAAGAAGACCUCGAAAGAAUCGGACUGGAUUCCUAAUGUGAGUUGAUUUCCUUAAACAUAUUGGUGGAAUAAAACCUAUGCCUCCUCGGAAUAAGCAGAAAUCCAUAGCCUGCUCUGAUAUGAAUGGUUUAAUGGUGGUUUUGGGUCUGAUUGAUUUCUUAAAGUCGCAUAUCAGGACAGUAAGACUUACCUGAUUAACUGAAAUGUCUGGUUCUGAUAAUAAGUCAUGUCUUCUAAGAUGUUUGACGUAAAUUCAAGAAGUAACACUACUUUCUGCCAAAUGCCUAUAAAUUAUUCUGAAUCAAGCGAAGCCUGGUUCUCUGAAUUUGCAACACACUCUGGUCUUAAGUGACAUGAAAUAUCAGUAGUGAUCCUUGGUGGGGGAGGCAUAUUUGCAGACAUUGUUAUUCAUUUCCUCCUGAUGUAGAUGUGAGAUUUCAGCAAACGAGUUCACCUAGUUCUAAUGUUCAGAUUGGUUCAUCUCAGUGGCAGGAUUCAACAUUGCAACUCUGACAGCAAUGGGAAUGGAUCAUCUCGUAGCUUACCAGCAUGCCUCCACGAGUCGCCACAUUUUGGCUAUUGGUGAAGUUUUGUGUAGAUAAGUGCUUCCAAGUUUUAGGUUGAAAUGAUUGAAUCUUAUUGAUAGUGAAACAUUUAAAAGAUUCAAUGAAAAACUAAUGGAAAUACGCGUUGUGUUGUGGACCAAAGUGGCUUUGGAUUGCCGGUCCAUUGGAGGUAACAGAGGAUAGAUACUUUUGGAAUACAUAUGCAUUCCAGCUUCCCUUUGCCAUCC